AUGAGACUGAGCUUCAUUAACACACAGGCAUCAAGCAGGCAACUUGUAAGGCUCAUAUCCAAAUGCAUGAAACAGAAACUGUUGACAACAAAAUACAUCUGUUGGACACUUCAGUCAAUGUGAAACAUCCAAGAAGGGCACCUCUAAAUGCUCUCAAAUAAGCACAGAUCUCUCAAGAUAAUGCAAAGUUCCUUGUGACAACGAUUGUUGCAGCUUAGUAAUAUCAAUGUUUGGGGGUAGAAAUCAAAGAGACAGCAAUGUUAGAAAAAGGAAUGGAAGCAAUACUUCAACUAGCGUUGACUUUCCUACAAGCUUACAUGUAAAUGUGGAAAUGGCUGAUGUAUCAGUAUCUGUUGACAACCUGACUGAAACAGAAGAUCUAGUCACAUUGGACAAACUGACACACAAUCAAUUGCAAGACCUAAAUGUGCUACUUGUGGGUUGUAAGGGUAACGGCAAGAGCCACACAGGCAACACCAUCCUGGGACAGGAGGCCUUCAGAGUCACCAGGAAAGGAGGGACACAGAAGGCAAGCCUCAGCAGUAGCAGCCAUGAGGUUGAUGGAGUCAGUAGGAAGGUGACAGUAGUCGACACCCCCGGAGUCUCCCAGGAGAUGACAGAGUCUGAGUUUGAGGAGCUGGUUCGAGCCGUGAAGAUGGUUCCUGAGGGCUUUGAUGCCAUCUGUCUGGUUUGGGACUACAACGACUCUGAGAGGAAUGAAGACAAGGAGGUCCAAGUGUUCCAGUCCCUCCACAGGCUGUUUGGUGAUGGACUGUACGAUCAUCUUGUCAUCCUGGUCACUCAUGCUCAGCAGAAGGACAUCCCAGAGUUCAUCGAGGGACUACCAGAAAACAUGAAGAAAAUUGCUGACAAGGCAAAUGCGCAAUACAGAAUAACUUGCAUGAAACACAUUAUCAAUGAGGCUGGAGUCAGCCAGGCAGCAGUUGAUGAACUGUCUAAUUCUAGUAACCAGCAGCAAGCUCCAUCAGGAUUCCAUAAUGAACAAACAGAUUCUGAUCAGAAAGAAAUGAAAGACACAUCUUCUUAUUGUAGGUUUCAUGAGAAGAUUAUUGCCAUGGAUGACAAGCUGAAUGGCAAAGAACCAGCUGCAAGUGAACAGUUAAAACUUUUUCUGAGCCUCAUUCAAGAAUUGUCCAAGGAAAGUGGAAGGAGAUACACAGCCUCAAACCUGUCUCCUUGUUGCCACAUCCCACCAGGAGAAGACCUCUGUGUCGUACUUUUGGGAAACACUGGAGUAGGGAAAAGCCAUACAGGCAACAGCAUCAUCGGUCAGAAUGUGUUCUCAGUUUCAGAUAGAAUGUCAUCAGAAACACAGGACUAUGUUCGUCGAGAAUCACACAUGGGAGGUCGCAAGAUAACAGUUGUAGACACACCACCUUUAACACAGAACUGUGUUGAAGAAGAAAAAAGACUCCUAACAGAGAUUGAAGACAUUAAGAAAAUCUGUGCCACCUAUAUUCUAAUUAUGAUUGUAAGUCUUGGUAGGAUUACAAGAGGAGAUGUGGUAAUGGCUGAUAGGAUCCAUGACAUGUUGACAGAUGUCUGGAACUGGUCUAUUGUUUUGUUCACAGGUAAGGACAAACUACCAUGCAACGAGAAUGACUAUCUAACAUCUGCACCCAAAGAACUCACUGACAUUGUACAAAAUUGUGGUGAGCGCUAUGUUUUCUUUGACAAUAUAACAAAGGAUGAGACAAAGAGGAGAAUGCAACAGAUUCAACUUAUCAUGUUGGCUGAUAGCAUGAUAAACAAAACUCAAAGCAAAGAUGACACUAACCAGCAGCUUGAUUCAAGCAGUGAUACAUCUGAAAACAGACCAUUGCUGGAAAAUGAAGGCCCCAUGUUCCAAAAUAGAGGGAUUAGACAAUUUGGACAUUACUGUUAUUCCCUGACACGUAAGGUCAAAGACGUAUCAAUUUGUUCAUGUAUUCUCUUCAUCUUCUGUAUUAUUCUUUUUGUUUUGUGGCCUGCCAUUGUUGUUUAUUUUCUAGCUAAGUCCAUGCCAAUUUAAUAUGUUAGUUCUCAGAUUUGUCAGUUAAACUAUCACAACAAUAAUAUAGUCUGAGGCCAUACUGAUUCAAUCAUAUGGAUGAUAUUCUCUGGACCCCUAAAACUGAUACGAGCUUGCAAUUAAAAAAAUUUGGUCCCCCACAAAAGUUGCAUUCAUUAUGAAAUCUAAAUGGUCAAGAAGGUUGAUUGUUAGCCAUACGUUAGCUGAUAAGAUAAAAAGUCUAAAGGGGGGGCCAUUCUCGCUUGCAUUUUCUUUACUAAUGUAAAAAGUCUUAAAUGUUUUUUCUACAUGCAAAGAAAUAAAUUGCAAAUGGUUUAAUAGGUGAUGAUGAUGGAUAUUCACUGAAAAUUGUGUUGUUAACUGCUUUUCAAAACUCAUAUUACCAGUCUGUUCCACAGCAUUAUUUGUGCAUGAUCA